AUGGCAGAAUGCUUGGAAAUGUGCCCGAAGGAAGAAGUAAUUUUUCGAACAAAAAAUCAACUUGUUCACCUACUCGAAGCCACCGAAUCUACAUCCCAUGGACUGCGGAAAUAUUAUAUUGGUGAUCCGAAAAAGAUGGUGAAAGAAUAUACGAGAUCAGCUGCGGAUACACAUAAAUAUAAUAAACCCGAAUUAUUACGCACAUUCCCAACACUUGUCAGAACUGUCAAUUAUCUCCUUCAAUUAUUCGAAGAAUUUAGAGGUGAGCUAGUAUGGGAAAGUGCGAAAACUGUCGCCUAGUGGGUAUCAUAUCCCAGUUCGAUUCCACAUACUUCGCACAUUGUUUUCACGCUACCUCUGGUAAUUUAAAAGAGGUUCAAUGGGAUUGGCGUCCAGAAAAUGUGCAAAAUAAAAUAACACUUUACAAGGGCUAUACAGAUUCGAGUUUACAUUUGAUGUAGUAGUUUAACGGUGAGACAAUUAAAAUAUUUUUCAUUUUUUUCAGAUACCAACUUCAGCAUGAUUUAUUCAUUUGUUUCUGAUCGAUUGAGAUCUGUUAGACAGGAUAUGACAAUGCAAAGAAUUAAAGGAAAACAAGCUAUCGAGUUAUUGGAACUUAUGCUACCAUUUUAUAUUGAAACUGAUGCGAUUUGUAAGCAGGAAAAAUGCGUGGCUUAUGAUGCGAAGCUGCAAGAUUUACAAUUAGAAGAAUGUUUUGGAAGGUUUGAAAAUCACUCAAAUUUCUUGAAAUUCUAUUAAAAAUAUUUUCAGGUGGUUCGAGGAGAUUGAUCAUUCAGAAAAGAGAAAUGAAACUCUAAUUUCGUCAUUUUUCUUGCGACAAAUCACUAAAAAAUCCACACUUCUUCAAGAUAUUCGAAUUUUCUUGCCAAAUUCAAAAGUUGUUGAAGAAAUCAUUCUUGCUUAUUAUUCAAAAAACUUUAUACGAUUCUUCAGAAUAUUUCGAAAUCUAGAUGUAAUUCUAAAAUAUUCUCUAGUCGAUGCUGUUUUCGAAAUGCGUCAUAUUGCUAUGCAAAUAAUAUCGAUUGGUUUCAAAAGUCCAACAGCUAAACUAGAUGUAAAUUUAUUAUCAAAUUGGUUAGGAUUCUACGAAAAACCAUGUGAUGAUUUUCUCAGUUUUUAUACGGAUUCUAAAAAUUAUAUACAAAUUGUAAAUCUGAAAUUGCCUGAUCUCAUAACUCCCGAGCAUAGAUUCAUUGGUUCACGGUUUCAAUAA